AACAAAAUAUCAGUGAAUUGAAAUUGGAAGAAAGGAAGGGGGGGUCCCGUACGUUUGUUUUAGUGAGAAGGAGUUCAAUAUAAUGUAGGUAUCCUCUUAAUAAUAAGUUUAACCAUCUUUAUCAUCUCAUUUAUUUUUAAUUUGGUUUUCUUUAUCAAAGCUUUCCAUUUUGUGCGACCCUUCUUCCCUAAGAAAACAAGCUAGGAUCAAUGGAGGAAGACUUCUCUGCCCCUUUUUCAUGGUGGUCAGAUAGCCAUAAUCGUCCUCAUCAGUCUCCAUGGCUUCAAGCCAUUCUCUCAGAUUUGGACCACAAGGUUAAAACUAUAGUAAAUCUUAUACAAGACGAUGGGGAUUCAUUUACUGAAAGGGCUGAGAUGUUUUACAAAAGAAGACCCGACCUCUUGAAGAUCUUGAAAGAGUUGCAGGAGUCUUAUUGCUUGUUAGCUGAGAAGUUCGACCGCCUGAGAUCACCAUCUUCAAUCAUUAAUACUGCCGUCAAUACCAGACUACAAGAUACGGAUCAGACCUCGCCCAUCUUCAAGAAUUUGAACAUGGAACAACACAUUGAUAUUGAUGCAGCCACGAACGAAGGUAUUGAAAACAAUGGCGGUGAUAAUCUCCGAAGGGAUGGCGCGGAAGAGGAGAAAAUAUGGAGCGGAUUAAGGCUGACUGUGUCGAAACUGAUAGAGGAUAACAGGAGACAGCAGGCUGAGCUGAUAAGGAGAAAUGAUGAGAAGAGAGAAGUGAUAAAACAGCUCCGCGAGCAAAUAAGUAGACUGAUGGAAGAGAAUAGGGCUUUGAUGGGUUGUGCUCAUGUCGAUUUGAAACGAAUCUGUGAACAUAAUAAUGUUUCCAAGCUGAAGGGCCUCAAUUGCAUUGGCAGGUUUCGCGACUUAUGAAUUAGUUUUGGUCUCCACAUUCAAAUGCAAAUUUGUGUUUGAACGAAAUCCAGGAUUUUGUGUUUUGAUUGUUGAUUGGCAAUAAUUUUAGUCGAGCAAUUGUCUGCAGCUGUCGCUGAUGCAAUGUGGAUUCUCCAAUAUCCUUCUUACAAAAUGUUAUAGCAUAUCUCAAAUAUUAAAGAA